AUGGAGGAAUCAACUCCAGCCCCCACGCAACCACAACAGCACCAACCCAAGCGGCCUCGGGUCGCUGAAGAGAAUCGCAAACGAGCAGUUCGCGCAUGCGAUGGCUGUCGCAGAGUGAAAGAAAAAUGCGAAGGGGGUGUGCCGUGUCGCCGAUGCCUGCGCUAUCGCCGUCAAUGCAUCUUUACGCAUAUAGACCCGACCGAGAAGACUCGCUCGGCCUCGGUCUCACUCCUCGACCGAGCCGCAUCUAUCAAUCGGCAUGAUAUCCAAGAAGCAGAGCGAGUGCGCUGCAUGGAACGCAUUCUGUCUCAUUAUGUGCCCAACAUUACUUUCGACCUCCAAUCUUUGAGGCAGGUAGCGGAUGAAUUGAAAGGGAAACAUCGAGACUCCGAGUCGGAUGUACUUUCGACAAGGGCAGAUGGAAACGAACUGGAGGAUCUUGCGAUUGACGAGGAAGACUUCACCAUCAAAGCCUUGCCGAACAAUGCAACUCAAUACUCGGGAGAAUUCUCAUAUCUCAAUUUCUCCAACAAGAUCCGUCAGAAAAUUGACGAAUGGAUGAAGACAGCAGCUCCAGAGGCAACGACGGAGGUCGAACCAUUCGAAGAACGGUGGCGAGCCACGCAACUUCAAUCUGGCUCUUCACUCAUCUCCAGCUCGGUAACAUGCCUGCCUCCGCGAUACGUGGCGGAUUUCCUUGUACAAAUUUUCUUCAAAUAUGCGCAAACCAACAACUUUUACGUUGAAGAGGACUGGCUGCGUGAAAAGAUGGCCAUCUGCUACACAAACCCUGCGGAGUUGUCUACAGAUGACGCGGGCGCCGUGUGUGCGCUACUCAUGGUGCUGGCCGUCGGAACCCAAUUCGCUCACAUGGAAUCGACAACACCUGUGAAUCGUCCACCUCCAACAACCACGACCGAUCUAGAUCACCACUUUUCCGAGGAUGAAGUUGGUCUCACGUUUUACCAGUUCGCGUCCAAAUUAUUGCCCGAUAUCAUUGCCACCGCAUCUGUACGUAGCGUACAAGCCUGCCUUUUGAUUGGAACCUACUUACUUCCACUCGACACUUCCGGUCUUUGUUAUACAUACUUUGGCCUCGCCCUCAAGCUCGCUAUCCAAAAUGGCAUGCAUAGGAAGUACCACGGCGAGGGAUUGUCAGCACGAAUGAUCGAGACCCGGAACCGCGUCUUCUGGACCGCGUAUACCAUCGAAAAGCGUAUCAGUAUUCUGCACGGUCGCCCGGCCUCGCUGGCGGAUACGGAUGUCGAUGCACCGCUUCCUGUGGAUUUCGCGGGAAUCAUGCCUGCCACGCAACAGUCAAAUCAUACAAAUAUGAUUGCCCUGAUCACGCUUACUUUAAAACUUGGAGAGGUCUCCCACGAAAUUUCGUCUCUACGCACCUGUCGCAAAGGGCAGCAGGACUGUCUUGAGCGGCUGCUCAAUCUGCGAAAGCUCUUGAUAGAAUGGUGGUCUUCUCUGCCCGAAGAAACGAGCUGUCGAGAUCUCAACCCCGCUGGGCCAUUGUUCCGGUCGAAUGUCCAUCUGAAGCUCGAUUACUGUCUUACUCGGAUCUUCAUCGGACGUCCGUUCCUUUUCAGCAACAUCAAGGGCUUGCAACAGGCUUCUUCCCACCCACCGUCAACGUCCAAUGUCGGUCCCCCCAAAGUUUCUUCUGGGGUAGCCAAAAACCGGGCAACGCUGGUAACGGAUUGUGUCGAAGCAGCGCUCGAGAUCAUCGAUCUAUGUCGACUACUUCGAGAUGAGACCGGCCUUGCGCGUGCCUCAUUCACUGAGUUCAGCUCAUGCCGCGCCGCCCUCCUUGUCAUCUUGGCGCAGGGACUCACGAAACGCACCGAGCGUCUCGGUGCUGCUCUAGAUCAAGGCAUCUCCCUCAUUAAGAUUAUGUCGAUGGGUGUUGGCUCUGCUCGUUCAGCCGUCAGCGUUAUUGAGGCACUCGAGCGGGCUAUCCGCCGACUUGAAAUCUGGAGCGAGACCCACCAAUCCCAAAGCAACGGUGGCAGUGCCGAAUCGGCUUAUGAUCGCUUCAAGAACUGGGAGAUGCUCUGGAAAACGGGACCCGUAUCUCCCAGCACCUUGGCACUCAAGCAGGAGAUCUUCUCUGCCAACGAGGCUGCCCUCGCCCAGGGGAUCGCUCACCCAGAAUCUGAAAUAUCCUCUACGGACCCGGCCAUUGCAGGCACUCCUUCUGUCUUGAACGCGAGUAGCGUCCAUGAAUCCCAUUCCUACAUGAGCAGUCAUGGGCGGGAGAUCAUGGAGGGCGACAUUCCGGGCGGUAUCUCGAUACCCGACAGCUACAACGUACCACACUCAUCUUUAUCACAAAUCCCGCAUCUUGGCUUUGACCACUUCGUUUCGAACUUCCCCCAGGAAUUGGGCGAGUUCACGGCGAUCCCGUGUUUCGAGACAGAUACACAGGGAACCAUGACAGGACUGCCUAUUGGCACUGAAAUGAAGACACCGGGAAGUACAGAUUCACAGUGGAUGCAGUUCAUGAACGAGUGA